AUGUGGAUGCAAAAAUCCGUCGAAGGUUCGAGUUUCUCAUCAAAUGGCAAUUUCCACGAUCGAAAUCGCUUUGGUUCUCAGUAUGCACAAGGAAGUUCGUAUAACGGUAAUCCUGCUCCUGUUGAUACCGGUGAUUGGAAGACGAAAAUCUUGGAAAGCGGUCAAUGGCUUGGAGGAAAAGUGAUUGAAUACGGAGGAAAAUUAGCACGUGGACCCACGUCGGAUGCCAUUCCAGACCAUUAUGCACAGCAAAUGCCAAGGAAUGAUGGUCGUGCAAAUUGGAUGGAAGAUAUUCGAACUUCCUCAUCGUCGUCGUACGCUGGUGGUAAUGGCUCGAGAGGUUACACUGGUGGAUACCAAAAUGACUUUGUUACUGAGAGACCAAAAGCUUAUUCGGAUUUUAGUACGGGGUACACGAGUAACCCAUCAGGUGAUAAACCCUAUGGGGGUUACGAGUCAAAGACAGUGAGCUCAACAGAUCACCAGAAGAGUCGUCAUGCUAAGAAGAAGAAUGAAGGGAAAAAAAGUAAAAAGAAAAACAAGAAGAGCAAGAAGAAACGACAGAGUGAGAGUGAGGAAGAGAGCGAGCAAGACGAAGAGGCUAUUUCUAAGUCGUCUGAACCUGAGUCGGCGGACGAACGACGUCACAAGAGUAAAGUGAAGGCUAAGAAGAAGAAGAGCUCGAAGAAACGCGAUGAAUUUUACUCGGAAGAGAGUGCGAGUGAGCAAGAAAGUGAUAGAAAGAAGGCGUCGGAGGACUAUUCAUUCUCAUUUGGCCCGGCAAAUCUGCCGCCUCCGCCUCCAGAAGACCAACAGAAGAUGACGACGAAGAAAACGAAAUCGAAGAAGAGCAAAGACAAAAGUGAAAAGAAAUUACGUUCUUGUCGGCAUACACGUGAGUCCACGGACAAUGAGUCAACUUCAGAGAAGGAAAAGUCGCGGAAGACAAAGAAGCGCAGCAGCAAGAAGGUCGCUACGGCUGCUAGCAGUGCGAGUGUGGACUUGCUUGGUGUCGACUUGGAUGUCCAGUCUGUGAUGCAGCCACCUACUUCUGGUUGCCCUGCACAAGAGUUGCGACCUUCGGUCUUUGAUGCACCGCAGAGCCAGAACCCUUUGCAAGAUCUGGCAGGUUUGAGCUUUGCAGCUCAUGCCCAAGAUCUUGCUCCAACGCAGCCAUCUGUGUUCGAUAGGAACGUGCCAGCAACAGUUUCUAACGAAGCUCAGGUGCAUUCUCAGUCGCAGGUUCAUGCGUUUCAAACGAGGUUGCUGCCAGAGAACAACCUCGUAGACUUGAGCUCUCUUGUGAGCGAAAAGAAGAAGACUUUGUCUGCUAACCCGGAGGAGAAACGAACACUAAACGACAUGCAGAAGGCCCUUGGCGCCAACCAGCCGAAGUCUGUGAUGGCAAUGCCAAUGCAGGGACAGCAACAGCAAGACACGUCGGGUAGCAUGAUGCAGCUAAACAUGAACCAGCUCCAAAUCACGAACGGAGCUACAGGAAUGCAGCGACAAAUGUAUCCGAACAUGCAGCAGAUGCCAAUGCAGUCGCAAUUGCAGGGCAUGCCUAUGCAGACGCAGAUGCAGCAGAUGCCAAUGCAGAAGCAAAUGACCAUGUUGACGCAUCCUCAGAUGACGAACCAGCAACACUUCGCGCAAGGCAGGUCGGAUCCGUUCCGCCAGUUUCCGUAA